AUGGCCCGGAUCCUGACGAUCUGCUUGCCGGACAGGAAGAGUGUUUCGCUGAAUCUCCCCCAAAGAGAAAGGCUGCUGCCAAAUCUUUCUUGGGGUAAAGCUACUUCUUCGCAAACAAAGAAUGGGUCUCCAUCGAGGAAGAAGCCAAGGCUCCAUUCUGCUAAGAAGACUCAAGUGGGGUCUGCGCCAUUAUCAUCUGCCAGGGUCAAGCAUCUCGUGGGUACAGAUAGCACGAAGGUUGGUGGUAUGCGCGGUGCUCGGGGAGUUCUGCCUGAGCCUCUUGCUGACACGCUCGAGAACCAUGAUGUGCUUCCUGAGGCAGCUCGUGCCCGACCUAGGUCUGCCGAGCGUCAAAGAGAUGCAGACAUUCCUCCUCGAAAUUCGAGUCAUUUGCACCGAUCAAAAGAUGGAGAUCGAAGCGGGAAGUCUGCUCAUGAUCCAGCUGUUGAAUCAUGGGCAGUCAAGUGUGGAGUUGAUUCAGUAUCAUUGAAUCCUUUGGAGAUGAGGUUGGCGAAGGCAAAGAGGAUGAGAGAGUCAUCUGCCCGGGCUAAAGGUUCUUCUCCAGCGUCGGCGGUUGAUCCCAAGGCGAACAAGUCUAGCCUUGCAGGGGAUGCAUGCGUGUCUGAUCUGCUCAAGACGAACUUCCUAUCAAACCCGUCUUCCUGUGCUGAGUUGGUUUAUCACAUCCGUCAGGCCGGCGAUCUUGGCACUUUCUCGAGUCUUUCCUUGGAAAAACAAAGGGAAACAACAUUUCAUCUAAUUCAAAAAGGAUUGGUUUUCACUACUGAGACUAUUCAGAACUCAUCUGUUGUUGCCCCCUCUUCUACCCAGCUCAGCGAGUUGGACAAGAAGAACGCUGAAUUGGCUAGCCAGUUUUCUGCCGAGUAG